AUGAGUUACCGACUUGACUUUCUGCUGCUCCUUUUGCCCUGCCUUGGCGCUGCCACCACGAGUUCAGAGGCUCAGACCACCUCUUUCCUGAAGCUGACUCCAAUAACGCCCCAGGCUACGCUUCCAGGAGCCACAUCUUGGGCAGAAGGUGGUACUGUGUCACAGCCGUUUUCCAGUUUCCUGGGCUCUGUGGACAAGCAUGGGACCUGCCAGUGUUCUGUUUCCCUGCCGGACACCACCUUUCCUGCUGACAGAGUGGAGCGCUUAGAGUUCACAGCUUACAACCUUUCUCAGAAGUUUGAGAGAGAGUUUUCUAAGGUGAAGGAGUAUGUCCAGCUCAUCAGUGUGUAUGAGAAGAAGCUCCUGAACCUGACUGUCCGAGUAGAGGUCAUGGAGAAGGACAGUAUUGGUUACACAGAACUGGACUUUGAGCUUAUCAAACUAGAAGUGAAGGAGAUGCACAAACUGGUCAUACAGCUGAAGGAGAAUUUUGUGGGAAGCUCAGAAAUUAUUGACAAGCUGGAAGUGGAGAUAAGGAAUAUGACUCUCCUGGUAGAGAAGCUGGAGACGCUAGACCAAAACAACGUCCUUAGCAUUCGCCGGCAAAUCUUGGCUCUGAAGAACAAACUAAAAGAAUGUGAGGCCUCUAAAAGUGAGCUUGUACCUGCCACGCCCCCUCCUCCUGCUCCCGGAAGCUGCAGUCAUGGUGGUGUGGUGAACAUCAGCGCUCCCUCUGUGGUUCAGCUCAACUGGCUAGGGUUCAGUUAUAAAUAUGGUGCUUGGGGUCGAGAUUACUCUCCUCAGCACCCAGAGGAAACUCUCUAUUGGGUGGCUCCUCUGAAUACAGAUGCCAGGGUUCUAGAAUAUUACAGACUUUAUGACUCACUGGAUAAUUUGUUAAUCUAUUCACAUUCUCGAGACUAUCGCAUGCGCUACGGCCAAGGGGGUGGUCUGGUUGCAUACAACAACAACAUGUAUGUAAAUUGGUAUAAUGGGAGGAACAUUGCCAAAAUUAACCUGACUACCAAUGUAGUUACUGUUAAUCAACCUCUCCCUAUGGCUGCCUACAAUAACCGCUUCUCAUAUGCUAAUGUGAAUUGGCAAGACAUUGACUUAGCUGUGGAUGAGCAAGCACUGUGGGUGAUCUAUGCCACCGAGGCCAGCACAGGGAACAUAGUGAUCAGUAAACUCAAUGAUACCUCUCUUGAGGUGCUAAACACAUGGGUUACCAAGCAGUACAAACCAUCUGUUUCUAACGCCUUCAUGGUCUGUGGAGUUCUCUAUGCUACCCGCACUUUGAACACCAAAACAGAAGAGAUUUUUUACUACUAUGACACAAACACAGGGCAGGAAGGCAAUCUAGCCAUUCCAAUGAGAAAGAUGCAGGAAAGAAUUCAGAGCAUUAAUUAUCAUCCCAUUGACCAAAAACUUUAUGUCUACAAUGAUGGUUAUCUUCUGAAUUAUGAUCUUGUCUUCUCACGGGAGUCCAGGCAACCUGUCUAG